AUGGCAGAAGGUCAGGCAAGGGCGCUGAUGAAAAGGAUGGAGAAGGAUAACGAGAUGAAGACUUCAUACGAAGCUGAGUUCAGAAAACUGAAAGAACUUAGAUUCAUCUCUAAAGCAGACACCAAUUUUAAGGGUAUCUACACGAUUCUACCCCAUCACCCAGUUGUCCGUAAAGACAAAAUCACCAGCAAAGUGAGACCUGUUUUCAAUGGUUCUGCGAAGCCGAAAACAGGAUUCAGCGCCAACGACUGUCUCGAAGAAGGACCCAAUCUGAAUCCUGACAUUCUUGAUGUUAUCCUGACGUUUAGGCUAAAUCCAAUUGCCUGGACAGCUGAUAUCCGACAAGCAUUUUUAAUGCCCGGCAGUGCUCAGGACCGUCCUAAAGAAACACCUCGAGUCAUACAAAGGCGAACUAGCAGUAAGCAGUCGCCAAAUGUUACGGCAUCUAUAUGUAGACGACUACUUGUCAAAUGCGCCUACAUUAGAAGCAGCAAAGACCGUAAUCGGUACGGUACUCAAACUUUUUCAGAGGCAAAGAUGGAAUUGAGAAAAUGGGUAACAAACGACCCGCAGCUGCGAGAGUAUCUACAACAGAGCAAUUUGACAGACGACUCAUCCGAUUCGUACUCGUGUCUUAAUUUAGACCCACAAAAGGUACUAGGAGUGAGGUGGAAUACCAGCACAGAUUGCUUCUAUUUCAAGUCUGACGUAAUCGUAGAUGUAGCCGCAAAAGUAAAAGUGCUAACAAAAAGAUCGUUUGCUAAAAUCUCGACCAAGCUUUUCGACCCCCUUGGAUUCAUUGGACCCAUAACACUACAGUUCAAGCUACUCUUCCAGGAAUUGUGGCAAGAAAAAAUCGGAUGGGAUGACAAUGUGAAUUCACAAACGGAGAGUCGAUUCAGAGCUAUAGUGGAAGAUUUGAAAGGUAUAGACAGAAUCCAAAUACCUCGCAUGAUCUCAACAGCACCGACAGAUGUAAUUCAAGAAUUACAUGUAUUCUGCGACGCUUCAACAAAAGCGUACGGAGCUGUAGCAUACGCCAAGUCAAGAAAUCCUGGAUUCAUCCGACUUGUUUGCUGUAAAACUAGGGCAGCACCACUCCCGAAAAACGAAGUUUCACUACCAAGGCUAGAACUGCUUAGCGCCGAACUCGGCAGUGUCUUAGCUGAACGAAUCGUAAACGCAAUUGACAAAGUGAAGUGGGAAGUGACACUAUGGACUGACUCUAUGGCAGCGUUAGGUUGGAUCAAAGGAGAUCCAGGGCGAUGGAAACUAUUCGUAUGGAAUAGAGUAGAGACAAUUCAGAAGAGAUUCAAACCAGAACACUGGAAACACUGUCCUGGAAAAGACAACCCAGCGGAUUUCGCAUCUCGAAGUUGCUCCGUCAAGAAGUUGACAGAGGCUUUUUCCUGGUGGGGAGGUCCCUCCUGGCUGAAACAAGAAUCGUCUGAAUGGCCUCAGCAAGACAACCCAACUUCGGAUGACCUACAAUUAAUGGAAGUCGAAACGAAAUCCAAACAGAGAAUGCAAAUUCUAGCAGUUUUCAACAUGCCAGAUUGGUUGGAUUCACUGGUUUUGAGAGUAAGCAGUUAUCUGCGAUUACUGAGAACAAUAGCCUGGAUGUACAGACUCAUGAAGAAGUUACCGCCCGGUAAGGCAAUAGAAACAGUCGGAGUAGCAGAAAUUCGUUGCCUCUCUGUCUGCGAAAUCAGCACCGCCGAGAACUUCAUUCUAAGGACUAUUCAACAGAAAGCGUUCCCAGAAAUUUAUGGAUCCCUUAAAGAAGGAAAAUCCAACAAGAAACUGCUACGCGAUCUCGACACAUUACGACCAAUUUGGGACGAAAAACAACAACUGAUACGAGUGACAGGUAGAGUAGGUCCAGCCUUAAGAGAUCUACUUAUUGAACCGCCGAUACUUCUCCCUGCAAAUGAGAGAAUAGUCGACUUGCUGAUCCACCAUCAUCAUGUCAAACGGAAACACACCGGUGUUCAAUCAACAUUAACCUAUCUCCGUAAUCGGUUCUGGAUUAUUCGUGCUCGACAACGCAUCAAGAGUGUCAUCAAGCAUUGUGGAAAAUGCCAACGAGCUCAAUCGCGCCCUUUCGACGAAGAAGCCGCUUCCAUGCCUUUGGAUCGUACCAAGAAGGCACAGCCAUUCGAAAUCAUUGGAAUUGAUUAUUUCGGGCCGAUGUACGUUUUGGAAGAGGUCCUUUUGAUUGAGAAAGACAAGGAAGGGAACGAUGUCGAGAAAACUCGAAUUGGUGAAAAAAGGUGCACGCGUGUUUAUUCACUUGUGCCGUCACAAGAGCUGUACAUCUUGAGCUCGUGA